UUAGUGUUCUUUAAAAGGCCACCGUUAGUGGGAGAUUUCCUCCGGCAUUCAGGCGACGCGAAUCUGUUCAAUUACCGUGGGUUAGCGUAGCCCCCUCUUGGCUGGCCCGCUGGCUACCGUCCCCUCCCGCGUGAAAUCCCAGCCUCCGAUCUCUCCGUCCUCGGCGCCCCUACAUCACCUACAUUACUGUUAGGUAUUGCCUGCAUACAAAGUCAAUACAAUGGGCAAACUAAUUGACGUCCACCACCACAUCCUCGACGAGGACUAUGUCAACGCAUGGAAAGCCUCAGGCACCAUCCCGCCCGGCCUGACCCCUCCAGCAUGGACGCCACAGCUCGACCUAGAAUUCAUGGACCGGCACGGCAUCGACGCAGCCAUCCUGUCCCUUUCCGCGCCGGGGCUGGCCUUUGUAGCCGACUGGAACCAGGCCGCGCUGGCGCGCAAGAUCAAUGAGACGUGUGCCGCCGUGCGGGAUCAAAAGCCGUCGCGGUUCGGGUUCUUUGCGACCCUGCCUGUUGACAACCUCGUCAAUGUCAAUGGCCCGGGUGGUGGUGGUAAUGGUGGCAGUGUUGAGGGGGUUGAGGAGGGGGUCAUGGCCGAGCUGGCGCACGCUUUCGACAACCUCCGCGCUGACGGGGUGACCCUUCUGACGAGCUACUCUGGCGGGCAGGGGCAGCCGCCGGUCUAUCUGGGUGAUGCGCGGUUUCGGGGGUUGUGGGCUGAGCUUGACCGCCGGGAAGCCGUCGUGUUUGUGCAUCCCACUUCCCCGCAAGCUGCUCCCCCUCCUUCUUCUCAGGGCAACCCUCCUUCUAUUUCAGGAGGCAGUACUAGUGGCAGUGGUGUUGGGAGGGGAGGAGGACCGGGCGUGCCGCCGCCCAUCAUCGACUUCCCGCACGAAACGACGCGGUGCGCUGUCAACCUGAUCAUCUCGAACGUGGUGCGCGACUUCCCCCGCGUCAAGAUCAUCCUAUCGCACGGAGGCGGGACGCUGCCCUUUGUGGCGCGGCGCGUGGCCGAUCUGAUGGCUGAUUCCGGCUUGCUGGGUAAGCUUGGCAAGACGGUGGAGAGGUUCCUGGACGAGGCGAGGAGCUUUUACUUUGAUCUUGCCCUGACGGGCUACGAGGAGUCCAUGGCGCUGGUGUUGAGCUUUGCGAAGGAGGGGCAAGUGCUUUAUGGGAGUGACUUCCCCUUUGCGCGGGACCGUGCGGUGGCGGGACAGUUGAGCACGGUCAAGGGAUGGAGGGAUGAGAAGGUGAGGGAGAGUGUGGAGAGGGGGGCUGCUGAGAGGUUGUUUCCCAGGCUGGUUCAGCAAUGAAACUUGAGGUUGAGGUUGGGCGGAGCACGUCAAAGAGGAUCAAUCUCAUGGACGAAAAUGCGUAUCGAGUCAUGAUUCAGUUCAUACAAGUCGUCCAUCAAGCAACCUACUUGAUCUGCCGCAUACAGUCGUCGUGCUCAUCAAGAUAUUUUACAAGCUCCUUGCACCGGGUUCGAAUCGGAAAGGAGUAUGUACAUCAUGUGGUGCGAGAACAACGGUUAAAGAUACCGGUGGAAGCGAAAUGACAAUGAAAUUCAUCCAGCAG